GGACGAGAUUAUGAAAUAACUUCACUUCAUCCCUUUUUUUGAGAGGCUUCACUUCAUCCCUUUUAACUAGUAUGACCAUUGAAAUCCGAUUUAGAGCAACAAGGAGCUGGAAUAUUAUUAUUUUUUUUGAUUCAGAAAAAACCCAAAACUUAGAGAGAAAAUGUGAACACGAGUACACGACAACAAUGGCUUGGGCAAUCUAAAUUGUGCCCUUGGUUUGGCACCCCCAAAUCUUCGUUUUUGUUUCUGUAAAUUAUUCACUCCAAAAUUCUCAAAACCUGCAAAAAGCGUUCUCUCUUUAUACGCAUCAGCAAAAUUACUUGGUCGUGCCCCUCUCUCCUUCUCUCUAUCCUGGUUGGAUCGCUUCGUCGGCAAAUCAAAUUAGACUUAUUUUUUCCAGUUGAUUAAUCUCCUCCAUUUUUCGGAGCUCUUUUUUUAGAGGUACGAGUUUCUUGUAAUCUUCUCAUUUUCGGCAAAUUUUAGGGUUUUGGGUUCCAAUUGAGAUUAGAUCUGAGACUUCAUACUUGUAAAAUUAGUUUUUGAGACUCUAAAAUCGGCUCAUAGGACCUCAAUUUUGUGUUUCUUUGGUGAAUUUGAUUAGAAUAUGGAUGUGAAUUUGGCGAAUUUUGGCUCGUAGGAGCGCAAUUUCGGAGGGUUCAGGCAAUGUAUUUUUGUUGAAAUGGAGGGAAGAAAUCGAAGUGGCAGCCAUUCGGGUGGUGUGGUCAAGAAUAGGAGCUCCUCAGGUUGUUUGAUUAUAAAGAAGAAGGUUGAUGGGGUUAGUGGGUUGGGAUCUUCUAAAGGUCCGAAGCUCCACGAAUCGAAGAAGGAGAAGAAAAGGCCUAGGCUGAAUGCUAGUAACUCAGUGUCUAGUGAUGAUGAACUCUCGGAAUUCUAUGGAAGGCGUGGUGCUUCACUUGUUUAUGAAAAUGAUUUCGACGAUAUGAGGUUUGGUAGGAAUGGUUUGAUGAGGGAGACAGGGCCAAGUAGAAGGACACUUGAUGUUUAUGACUUUGAUGAAUAUGAUGAUUUAAGUGAUGUGGAAAUGUUAAGUGUAAGGCAUUAUCAUGAGCGAGGAUUAGGGGGCGGCGAAAGAAGGUUUUUAGAGGAGAUGCCGGAGAUGAAGAAUGGUAGUAGUGGGAUAGAGUUUGAAAGUGGGUCAAGUAAAGGCGAUAUAAUCUACAAGCGAAGAAAUUCGUUCAAUAGGGGUUCAGGUAGUGAAAAGAUCAAGAUGGGUGAUCUUUACUCGGGUAGGAAAAGGUUUGAGAUGAGAAGUGAACUUCCUAUCGCUAUGGGGAAAGACAAACUUGGUGGGUCUGAUGAAGCUAUUAGGCUGCAGGGUAAGAAUGGUGUCCUCAAAGUGAGGGUCAAGCAUAAGGAGGAUAUGAGUGAACAACUCUCACAAAACUACAUACAUGUCAAAGGAAAUAAUGUAGCUCCUAAAUCAAAGAAUCUUGUCAUGCGUCCUUCACCAUAUUCAGAGAAGAAGCUGCCUAAGAAGCCAACAUCAGUUGGUAGACUAGACAAAAAUCAACAGAGGAAGCGUAAACCAGAGUCAGCUGAGAGCAGUGAGGAGAGUGAUGAAGAAGCCGAGGAUUGUGACUCAUCUCCAAGGCUGCAAGUUGAUCGUGACCAAGGUAAUCAGUCCAUAAAAAGAGGAAGGGGUGGGGGCCAAGGAAGUACGCAGUCGUCUCAAGGUGCCCAGCCAAUCAAGGUGAAGGAAGGGAAAGUCAAGCGUGGCAGCGGCACAGAGAAGCAGUUGCUACGUGAGAAGAUAAGAAACAUGCUUGUCAGUGCAGGUUGGACAAUAGAUUAUAGACCUAGGCGGGGCAGAGACUACUAUGAUGCAGUUUAUGUCAACCCUACAGGUACAGCUUAUUGGUCAAUCAUAAAAGCUUAUGAUGCAUUACAAAAACAACUAGAGGAUGAAGGGAACCGCAUAAAAAUUGCUGAGGACUGCUCUUCAUUUGCUCCUAUAGCAGACGAUGUAUUGAGUAAAUUGACGCGGCAAACCCGAAAGAAGAUUGAGAAGGAACUGAAAAGGAAGAAAAGGGAGGAGGCCGGGGGUAAAAGAAAGAAAGAAUUCACCAGUGGCAGCUUCGAAGAGGAUGAGUCAGAUACAGAUAGUGGAGGCAGUCGCAGAAAUGAUGACAAAUUGAGUUCAUUUAUGAAACGCAGUGGUAAAUCCUUAAAAGGUGCAUCAAAAGAGUUCUGUAGGGAUAGAAGUAACUUAAACAGUAGAAUGCAAGAAAGGGGUCAAAAAUCAGUCACCAUGUCCAAUUCUAGGUUUGUCCAAGCAAGGAACAGUAAAAAGAUUGGCAGGUGUACAUUGCUAGUUCGUAAUUCUAAAAGGGGGCUGGAUUAUGUGAAUGAUGGCUUCGUUCCAUACACAGGAAAACGCAACUUGUUGUCCUGGUUGAUUGAUUCGGGAACUGUGAAGCUGAGUGAGAAGGUUCAUUAUAUGAACCGUAGAUGCACACGGGUCAUGCUAGAGGGUUGGAUCACAAGAGAAGGAAUUCACUGUGGUUGCUGUAGUAAAAUUCUCACUGUUUCGAAGUUUGAGAUUCAUGCAGCAAGCAAACUCCGCCAACCAUACCAAAACAUAUAUUUGAGCUCUGGGGCAUCCCUUAUGCAUUGUCAGGUAGAUGCAUGGAACCGACAAGCAGAGUCUCUACGUGAUGCCUAUAAUAAAAUAGAUGUUAAUGGGGAUGAUCCUAAUGAUGACACCUGUGCAAUAUGUGGUGAUGGUGGGAAUUUGAUAUGUUGUGACAGCUGCCCAUCAACAUUUCAUCAGAAUUGCUUAGGCAUCGAGAUGCUUCCCCCCGGCGAUUGGCACUGUCCACAUUGUUCAUGCAAAUUCUGUGGCCUCGCAGACAUGAGUGUCACUGAGGGAAAUGAUGGAAGACAGGACACAGUGCUCACUUGCAGGUUAUGUGAGGGAAAAUAUCAUUGCUCAUGCAUGGAGGAGAUGGAUGAUACUCCUAUUAAUUCGAACAACCCUCCUUUUUGUGGGAAGUCAUGUCAAGAGCUCUCUGAGCGCUUGCAGAAACUUCUUGGGGUCAAACAUGAACUGGAAGCAGGACUGGUUUGGUCUCUUAUUCACCGGACGGAUCUAGAUUCCGACUCUUCUGUCCGAGGCUAUUCACAAAGGGUGGAAUGGAAUUCUAAGCUGGCUGUUGCUCUGAAUGUUAUGGAUGAAUGUUUUCUGCCCAUAGUUGAUAGAAGAAGUGGCCUUAAUAUGAUUCACAGUGUUCUCUACAAUAGUGGGUCAAAUAUCACUAGACUUGAUUACAGUAGCUUUUACACUGCCAUACUGGAGAAAGGUGAUGAAAUAAUAUCUGCAGCUUCUAUCAGAAUACGCGGUACACAGUUUGCAGAGAUGCCAUUUAUUGGAACUCGUCAUAUUUAUAGGCGUCAAGGGAUGUGUCGCCGACUUUUCUCAGCCAUUGAAUAUGCUCUUCGCUCACUAAAAGUUGAGAAAAUGAUAAUUCCUGCAAUAUCAGAGUUGAUGGAUACUUGGACUACCGUUUUUGGUUUCCGGACACUUGAGGAAUCAGAUAAACAAGAUAUGAAGAUAGGGAACAUGUUGGUGUUCCCAGGAACUGAUAUGCUCCAAAAAAAGUUGUCGGAUGAAGACAGUGUUAUAAGAGACUUUGCAGCUGCAGAACUAGAGAAUGAGGAGAGGAAAGACAUAUCUGUUACUGAUCUUGGUCCUCAAGAUAUGGUUUGCGCAGAUGAAAGUUCCCUGCUUAUUGCUUCAAUCGAGUGCUGCAAAGAAUUUAAGCCUUCUUUACCUACGGAAAAUGAGGAAAUGAAAGACAAAUCUGUCACGGAUUUUGCAUCUGUGAAUAUUGUUUGCACAGAUGUAGAUACCCCGCAUAGUGCUUCUGGAGAUAGUUGCGAAGAAGCUAAGCCUUCUUUGCGUACUACUUCCCCGUGUGAUAAUACUGCUUCAGUGGCUGUUUCCAAUGACUUUAAGCAGUUAGUUAUAAAUGAAGGGACUAUGUGCGCUGAACUGCAAUUGGACAAAAAGGUUAAUGAUUCUACUGGUGAUCUGAUGAAUCACAUCUUUGUAGAUGGAAGUGCAGGCACUUGUGAGGCUGGAAGUAUCUUUUCUGAUUCUGCUGCUACUCACUAUGUGGGGGUAUCUGUUGACUGUAAUAUGACACAAGGAGCCAACGUGGCUACUGCUGAAUCAAGGUCACUACCUGCAGAUGGUAUAUUAGCUGCUACGUCCCGUAAUGGUGGUUUGAACGGUAUUCUAAGGAAUGAUAAUGAAACCCAGUCAGAAGUCAUUUUAAUUUCCAAAAUUGAAGUUGCUCCUUACGGGAAAGAUCACUCCUUAUCGGAAGCAUCUCAUGUACAUGUAACCGAUACAUCUAUGAUAGAGCCUACAGCUGAAGACGAUAUUCGUCAUCUUCCGGAAGUUGAAGGAGAUGAUGCUCAUAGAGUAUCAGCUGAAAGUGAUGUUUGUUCUGGUUCAGAAUCUUUGCAUCUUUCUGACAAUCCUGAUCCAGAUACAGCUCAUGAGCCAAAGACUCAUGUUUCUAGAAAUACAGCUGCUGAUGGAAAAGAUCACUCUUUAUCCGGAGCAUCUCAUCUAGAUGUGGUAAUGGAAAAACCUAUGAUAAAACCUCCAGCUGAAGAUAAUAUUUGUCAUCUUCCAGAAGUUGAGAUAGAUGAUGCUCAUAUAGGCCCAGCUCAAGCUGGUGCUAGUUCUGGUACACAAUUUCUGCAUGUUAUGGAGAAUAUUGAUCCAGAUGCAGCUCAUGAACCAAUGGUUGAUGAUUGUAGACGCGAUAUGGUAUGUUCUCAGAUCACAGAAGCAAUGCCUGGUGAGGACAGGACAUGUGAAUCUCCAGAACAUGCAGGCCAUAGCACUCUUGUUUUAAAGAAUCCUCAGCCUGAUCCGAAUGGUGACAUUACUGAGCAGCCAGCUUUGGAAAGUGAGGUGCAGCAUGUUGAAGUUGCCAAUAUCCAACCAAUUAGUAAUCUUUCCUGUGAAACAUCAGUUAAUAAUGCUGAUGGCAACACUUGUAAUAGUGAGGAUCCUCUCUCUGUUUCUGGUGAUAGUGUGCUCGGAGUUGAGGGUUUGUUGGGUGUCUCUGAGCUCCAUGAUCAGGGUAUCGUAUGAUCUGGACUAUCAGAUGACAAUAGAGAGACAGGAGUUGCUUCUGCUAGAACAGCAUUCAGGUGACCUUGACAUGAACUUAAAAUGUGCAUCAGAUGCGGAAUUUUCUCCAUGUGAAUUGAGAAUGAGAAUGAAAUCGAAGUUCGGAAACAAUUUUUUAUGAUCUGAGAAGUUUUGAUCAUGGUCAAAGUGGUUGGUGCUGUUCAAGAGCUCUAAAAUCCCUAGUGCACUUGAUCUGAUUGUUAUAUUCACAAGCCACUUUCCUGUGUUUAACGAACUCUCAAUGUGGCUACAACUUUCUAUGCAAACAGGGUUCAAUAUUUUGUCCCUUGAUUAAUAGAAGGUUGUCAUCUCUAAAGGUGCGAUAGUUAAUAUAUAUAUGAAUGCUACAAAUUUUCAGAGAUGGAGAUUCUGCACUAGAUUUUAUCUGUGAAUCCUAAUGUAACUUUGUGUCCAUAUGUACAAAUUGGCAUAUAGAUCAAAGGCAGCAGCAUAUGCCCACUAUGAUGUGUAAUUCGUGUUGGUUUAUCAUAUGACAGCAAUUGCUGCAGGAUAUUCGUAACGUUACAUUUGAAUAUGGAUAUUAAUUCAUGAAAUCAGCCUUGUAACUUUUUAAUCGUACUA